CACGAGGGGUGUUAUUAAAGGCAGCUGAGAGGGAGAUGAGUUUAGAAGUGGCAGGGACUGUCUUUGGGACGGAGUGCUGCGCAUCCUCCAGCCAGCCGGUGUCAGAUGUACGAUACGGGGCAACAACGCCUCCCGUACGGGUGAGAAGACCGGGGCCACCCAGGCAGCUACAUGCAGGAGGACACUGGCCACAGAGCUGGACUAGCAAGCCAAGCGAGCCGCUUUAAGGAAUAAGACUGAAGAAGUUCACCGCUAUGGAUCUGCUGCUCACCCCGAGCCCAGCACCGAACUUCACCAGACCACAGAACAGCACCAAGCCUGAUGAUGGCUGGAUGGUGGGCAUGGGCAUACUGAUGUCCAUCAUCGUCCUGAUCAUCGUGUUAGGGAAUAUCAUGGUGAUCACAGCUAUAGCCAAGUUCCAAAGACUUCAGACAGUCACUAACUACUUUAUCACCUCCUUAGCCUGUGCCGACCUGGUGAUGGGCAUGAUGGUGGUGCCCUUCGGAGCAGGUAUCAUCAUCAUGGAUUCGUGGGAGUUUGGCAACUUUUGGUGUGAGUUUUUCAUAUCAGUAGACAUCCUGUGUGUCACUGCCAGCAUAGAGACGUUGUGUGUGAUAGCAGUGGACAGGUAUUUCGCUAUCACCUCUCCAUUCAAGUAUCAAAGCCUGCUGACCAAGUGUAAAGCCAGAAUGGUCAUCCUCAUAGUUUGGGUUGUGUCAAUCCUCACCUCCUUCCUCCCCAUCUACAUGCACUGGUAUAGAACUGAUGAGAGCAAAGAUAAGGAUUGCUAUCACGAUGAGACCUGCUGUUACUUUUAUACCAACCCUGCCUAUGCCAUUUCAUCAUCCAUCAUCUCUUUUUACCUACCCCUGGUGAUCAUGAUCUUUGUCUAUGCUAGAGUCUUUCAGGUGGCCAAGAAACAACUGAAGAAGAUAGACAAAAGUGAAGGGAGGUUCUACCAGCAAGAUGCCAAUGGCAAAGUGGGCAACAGGAGGACAUCCAAGUUCUGCUUGAAGGAGCACAAAGCACUGAAGACACUGGGCAUUAUCAUGGGCACCUUCACUUUGUGUUGGCUCCCUUUCUUCAUAGUCAACAUAGUUCAGGUGAUGCACAAGGAUAUCAUCCCUGUGCAGGUUUACACCUUCUUGAACUGGGUGGGCUAUGUCAACUCUGGCUUCAACCCACUCAUCUACUGCAGGAGUCCAGACUUCAGAUGCGCUUUCCAGGAGCUACUUGGUUUGAAGAAGUCAAGUAGCAAGCUCUACACCAAUGGAUACCCCCAAAGCAAUGGGAACAGUGUGUACAAUGAAGAAAGUGAUGCUGCUCAAACGGGCAAGGAGAGAACUAACGAGGUCUUCUUCAAGGAGGAGAAGACCCCAAGUCCAUCCCUACUGAGAUGUGAAGGUACUGUGGUGGACUACAGCAUGGAUCCCCUGGGCAAGAAUCACAACACGCAGGGUGAUUGCUUAUUAUAGGAUCCCCCCACCCCCCUUUUUUUUUUU